AUGCACUACGUGAAGUUCAGGGUCUCAUGGGCGGUGAAGCUCGAGGACUCCGUGUUGGGCGUCUUCGAAGGGGCAGCCGGUGUGACCAGGGCAGAGCUGGACAGCAUCUUCGGGGUCUCGGCGGGCCUCAUCGACCAAUGGGUGCACGAGUUCGACAACAACGUGUAUUUCUUGAACGCGCUGGAGAAGCUGGUGCCAAAGCAGCUGGAGAUACAUUUGCUGCUCAACUUCUCCAUCUGCCGGGACAUGGAGGUGGUGACGUUCAUGAGCAGCAACGAUGUGGAUGGAUCCGGCAACGGGUCCCUGAAAAUGGUUGAGGGCCCGGACACUGAAAGUGAGAAUGUCGGGCAGCCGGCGGAGGAGCGAAGCGCCGUCGCAGAAGAGGCGGUCAAGGAAGUGAGGACGCGAGCGGUGCUGCUGACGGUCAACAAGAAGGUGCAGAAAAGUGCCUGGAAGCUCUCUGGGCGCCAAGGCGAGAAGGAGAAGAUCAAGGGCGUGGACUGUGCGCGUUUGCUGUGGCUCCCGCUGCGCGCCAGUGAGAAGGAGCUGACGCUGAAGAAGGUGAAGGGCGCGAUCAACGAUGCGGACAGUGCGAAGGAGAAAAAGAAAAAGCGCACCAACAAGCCGAGCCCCAUCGAGCGGAUGCAAGAAGCAUUUGGCAUCAUGAACCUGGAUGACGACAGCAACAUCUCCAGGGAAGAGUUUAUAAAGGCCAUGGCCACCGUGGGCAUCGAGGGCUCAGCAGCGGAGAACCUCUUCAAGAGGUUCGACCCUGACAAGAGCGGCUUGCUGGACAAGCAGGAGUUCUUCGCCUACGCCGCCAAGGGCACCAGUGAUCUCAAAGCCUUGAUGCGCCGCGGCGGCGAAGACGCGGAGCAACUCCUGAAGGUCUUUGAGAGCUGGGACACGAACCAGGACGGGACAAUCUCCAAAGCCGAGCUUGAGAGAGUCCUGGUGGUGUUGAACCCUUCCUUCACCAAGAAGGAUUUGACGAAGCUCAUCAAGGCCAUGGACACAAACCAGGAUGGCGAAGUGGACUACGAGGAAUUUGCUGAGUGGAUCUGCAAUCCGAAGCGCAAGUGA